GCAAAGGCCUUCCAUUUCGUAAAAGGGAGCCUGAUGGCGUUGGACAUAACAGUCCCCUGCUCCCCGCUUAUGGUCAUGACCGGUGCAGUUCUCUCAUCUUGCCGUUCAAUGUCCCAGGUCUGGCUAUCUGUGUGUCUUCCACCACGACACGACGCAGCGACAAAGAUUUUUCCUUUGAACUUCAAGCACUUCCUGCCGUUUCGAUAGAACCGAGAAUAUUGGGGAAGGUGCAAUUCUUCAAGUACAAUGGAGACCGUCUGCACAAAAGAUACAAUUAGCAAAAACGGCUUAAACCUUUGGUCUUCAGAGAACGUUGGUAAAGCCGGCCCUGAAGUAGAUAUCGUCGCAGUACAAGGGCUCAAAGCCCAUGCGUGGUACACAUGGGUCUGGAAACCCAAAAAAAAGUUGAUGAACAAAAAUCCAACCGGAAGCGAGGACCAUCAAUUUUGGCCUCGAGAUUUACUGCCAAAGUCAAUCCCAAAUGCACGAGUUUUCACCUACAGUUAUGAAUCAGAUUGGACACCCGGCAACUUUAAGACUGAUUUGAGAGAAUGCGGAAACCAGCUGCUCAACUUUCUGUUUCAGAGCCGUGGGAAAGAGGUACGCAGAAGGCCUUUAAUUCUUAUUGGUCACAGCCUCGGCGGUCUGGUGAUCCAGCAGGCACUGAAUAUUGCUGCCCUCAAUGGAGAUUUUGCUGGAAUACGAGCUUGCAUCGCGGGUAUAAUCUUUCUUGGGGCCCCUUUCCAUGGAACAGGCAUCGCCGAUUUUGGUGAACGCUACACUCGAGUAGCAGGUGGCGACAAUAAGCUUUUAAACACGUUGAAAAGGAACAGUUCAGACCUCCACGGCAUACUCCAAGACUUCUCUGCGAGCCACAAAGACUGGGAUAUUGUGUGCUUUUAUGAGAAGCAGGAAUCAGUUUACGGGCCCGUCAGCGUCAAGACGGUCCCAAGAGAGUCAGCUACAAUCACAGGUAGAAGAAUGAUGUACCUAGACACGGAUCAUUCUGGGCUCAACAAGUAUAGCGGCUUCGAGGACAACAACUACAAGCUUAUUUUUCAAGAGAUCCGGAGAAUGAUUGACAACGGGCCAUUGGUAAUCACCAAUCGAUUCAACAAAGACGCAAAAUCAUAUUUCCAUGGCAUCCCUCGAGCCGCCAGCAGCAUUUUUACGGGCCGCGAUAAAGAGCUGAAGGAUAUCAAGCGUGCCCUUCUGCAAGAUAUGGACGAACAGAAGAGAUACAUCAUUACCGGAAUGGGCGGUAUGGGGAAGAGCGAAAUCUCUCUGAAAAUUGCGGAUGACUUUCAUAAAAACUCCUGGAGCGUAUUCUGGGUCGACGUCAGUGAUCCAUCCAGCGCGAAGGCGGCUUUCAUUUCACUCGCAACCGCAAUCGGAGCACAGGCCAAUACUUUGGAAGACGCAAGAAUUUCGUUGGCAAACCUCAAAGGAGACUGGCUACUCAUUCUGGAUAAUGCCGAUGACCUGGACGAUGACUAUGGACUGUAUUUCCCCCCUGGAUCUGGAGGAGCCGUUCUCAUGACAUCUCGUAACCUCGAGUGCAUGACGUACCAUACCGUGGGCUACCUGGCCAUUGAAUCGCUUGGUCCUGAGGAAUCUAUAGCAUUGCUUCUGAAAGCUGCAAGAGUUCCUCUGGACCAGCACUCACUUUACCAAGCGCCAGCAGAGACAGUUACGGAAAUGCUUGGUUCGCACACUCAGGCUUUGAUACAAGCCGGAGCAUACAUUGCUGCCAAAUACUGCACCUUGGAAGAAUACCCCGCCGUAUACCAAGCCCAGAGAAAACGGCUUUCCAGAUUUAGGCCAAGGCAAGCGCAAUCAAGGUACGGAGAUAUCUAUGCUACGUUCGAAGCAUCCGCCGCUGUCUUAGCCAAGUCCGGUACUGCAGGCGCAAAUGCUUUAUGCUUGCUGGAUGUCCUUUCCAUGCUACAUUAUACUGGAUUCCCAGUCCAAGAAAUCUCUUUCCACGCAUGGAAAUGGUCCCGAGAAAUAUUAGAUGGUACAGUCAGCGAUGAAAGAGCUCGUGAGCAUUGGAUCGAGGAUGUUUCCAAACUUAUCCCACACCUACCCGCCUUCAUUCCGGUGGACCUCACCACAUGGGAUCCUUUCCGUAUACAAGAAGGAAUCCAUCUCCUGGAAUCGCUUUCUCUGGUCACAGCAUCAAGCACAGAAUCAAGAACCAUUGAUGACAUCAAAGCAGUAGUCAUAUCUAUGCACCCACUCGCACAUGCUUGGGCCAAGGACCGCCAGAGUAUAAAGCAACAAUCGGAUUCUUGGGUAGGAGUUGGGGCCAUCAUUUCGAUUUCUAGCGGUUAUCAUGAAGGCGCCGAUGUUUGGAGAAUCUUACAAAAGCAUCUCCAGGCGCAUGUACGCUCGUUUGUGGACCACGGCAUGGAAGUGGCAUCUGACUGGAAUCAAAAAGACAUCAUCUUGCCCAUUCAACUCAGAGUUUCGGUGACACUUAAAAAUUUCAGCGACUAUAGCAAGCUUGGGCAACAACUUAAUUAUGUUUUCAAGAAAUUGAACGUCGACUCUGAACACCCGACCCAGGAACUGCUAUCGUUUUACUUCCAGAAGGCUUCAUAUUAUGAUGGUGUAGCGGAUAGCCAGUCGGAAAUAGCAUUGCUACACAAGAUAGAGAUAGUAUGUGCUACUCUCCCAAAGGAUCAUGAAGACCGGCUAGCCAUGCAGCGCAAUCUCGCCAGCGCCUACCUUGGAAAUAACCAAGUUCCGGAGGCUAUAGCGCUACUAGAAGAGGUCGUACGAAUUNNNGAAACUACGCUAGCUAAAACCCAUCCG